CACGGGCAGAGAGCGCCGGGAUCCCUGCCAGCGGCGCCCAACGCACCCAGCGGCACCCGACGGCACCCAGCGGCGCCCAAUAGCACCCAAUAGCACCCAGCGCCUUCCUCCUCCUCCUCCUCCUCCUCCCGGCCCCAGUGCCGCGGCCUCAGGAAUUCCUCCGGCGUCACGGCUGCAGCGGGACAGCGGCCGCUUUGUCCUCCGGGAAUGCCGAGAUCCUGAUGCAUCCUGAGCCUCGCCGCGCGCAGGGGAUGCUCUGAGCACCGCGGGGGCUCUGCCGCCGGCCCCCACCAUGGAAGAGGAGGGGUCCCUGCCCGUGGCCUCCUGGCUGGCCGCCCUGCACCUUGAGCAGUACGCGGGCUGCUUCCAGCGGAGGGAGCUGCUCACGGUGCGGGACUGCCGGGCGCUGACGGAGCAGAGCCUGACCCAGCUCGGGGUGCUCCUGCCCGGCCACCGCCGCCGCAUCCUGCUGGGGCUGCAGAAAGCCUUUGCUGAAGGGACCCCCCCCGGGGCCCCCGCCCCGAAGCCUGUGCCCAUGAAGAGGCACGUUUUCCGCAUGAGCACCGCGGCGGCACCCGAGCAGGAGCAUCCCCAGGAGCAUCCCGAGCCCCGUUCCCUGCUGAUGGAGCUGGACCAAGGCGCCAGCCUCACCCAUCACCCCCCGCCCAUCCCGCCCAGGGUCGGCUGCCGCCCCCCACUCAAGUUCUCGGCAUCGCUAAAGGGGGGCAGCCCCGAGCCCCCUCCCAGCGCCCCCCCAGCACCCAGAGGGGCCUCCCCACCGCCCGGCACCACGAGGCCCCCGCUGAGACCCCCCCUGCCGCCGCUGCCGGCCAAGCGGCACCAGCUGGAAGCCAAGGGCCAGGCCCCGCAGGCCCCCCCGGAGCUGCCCCCCAGGGCCGCGUCCCACAGGAGCACCCCUGCCAAGGAGGGGGUCCCCAUCGCCGAGAGACCCCCUGGUGCCCCCCCGUGCCCCCCAUCCCCACCGCUGCUCCUACCCCGCUCCAAGCCCCCGGCACCGCUGCCGCCGGAGCCGCCCCCCAAGGCCACCGUCCCCUUCGUGCCCCAGUUCGAUGACUCGGACUACGAGGACUCGGCCUCGGAGGAGGAAUUAAGUGGAGCCGUGAGGGAGAUGGCCGAGAAGGAGGAGGCCGAGCCCCGGGGACCGCGGUCCCUGCGCGCCAACAGCCUCUUCAGUGAGGAUGAGCUCAGCGAGGAGCAGGGGGAGGCUGCGCUGCGCAGCCCCAGCCCCAGCCCGCACCCAGCGCCCGCCUUCCCCAGCGGCACGGACAUGGAGGGGCCCCCGCUGCCAGCCCCGCUCAGAGCGGGGUGGUUGGACAAGAACCCACCCCAGGGGUCCUACAUCUACCAGAGGCGCUGGGUGAAGCUGGAUGCUGAGCACCUGUGCUAUUUCGACAGUGAGAAGGACGCCUAUUCCAAGCGCUUCAUCCCCGUCUCCUCCAUCUCCCGCAUCGCCAGCGUCGGGGACCAGAAGUUCGAGGUCAUCACCAACAACCGCAACUUCGUGUUCCGUGCUGAGAGCGAUGCCGAGCGCAACGAGUGGAUCCGGACCCUGCAGCAGGCGGCGGAGGAGCGGAGGAGGACAUCGGGGUCCCCAGGCUCCAGUGGGGCCCCCGCCGAGCUGCCCGACAGGAGCGGCUUCCUGGAGCUGCGCGGCUUCAAGCACAAGCUCUUCGUGGUGGUGGCUGGGGAUAAAGUUCUCCUCUACAAGAACGCUGAGGACUAUCGCCUCGGCAUCGGCAUCACCUACAUCGAGAUGAACGUGGGCAACGUGAAGGAGGUGGAUCGCCGCGGCUUCGACCUCACCACCCCGUACCGCACCUUCAGCUUCGCGGCCGACUCGGAGCAGGAGAAGGAGGAGUGGGUGGAAGCCAUGCAGCAAUCCAUCGCCGAGGCCCUCUCCAACUCCGAGGUGGCCGAGAGGAUCUGGGCCCUGGAACCCAACCGCUCCUGCGCCGACUGCGGCUCCCCCAAGCCCGACUGGGCCUCCAUCAACCUCUGCGUGGUCAUCUGCAAGCGAUGCGCAGGGGAGCACCGGGGCUUGGGUCCUUCAAUCAGCAAAGUGCGGAGCUUGAAGAUGGACAGGAAGGUGUGGACGGAGGAGCUGAUCCAGCUCUUCCACCACAUCGGUAACGCUGUGGCCAACCAGUUCUGGGCCGCCAACGUCCCCCCCAGUGAAUCCAUCGGCCCCGGCAGCGGGAGCCGGGAGAGGAGGCGCUUCCUGACGGCCAAGUACCGGGAGGGCAAGUACCGGCGCUACCACCCGCUCUUCGGCAACCAGGAGGAGCUCGACAGGGCGCUGUGCGCGGCCGUCACCACCGCGGACCUGGCGGAGACGCAGGCGCUGCUCUUCUGCGGGGCCGCCGCGUCCUGCGCCACCGGGGACCCCCAGUGCCCCACGCCCCUCGCCCUGGCCCAGAGGAGCGGGCAGCGCCUGCAGAUGGAAUUCCUGCUCCACAACAGGUCCUCAGAGCCCCCUCGCCUGGAGGUGGGGGGCAGCGAGGAGAGGCCCUACUCGGUUCCGCUGCCCUCUGUCACCCACCAUGGCUUCCUCUACAAGACCCCGUCCAUGGCCAAGCCCAUCGCCGAGCGCAAGGGGCCGGAAGAGUUCAGCCGGCGCUGGUGCACGCUGCAGGACGGGCUCCUCAGCUACUACGAGAGCGAGCGCAGCGCAGCGCCCAACGGCGAGCUCCGGGCCCAGGAGAUGGUGUGCCUGGUGCACAACGCGCCCCACACGCACGGCAUCGAGAACACCUUUGAGGUGUACACGGAGUCGGAGCGGCUCUACCUCUUCGGGCUGGAGAACCCCGGCUCCGCUCGGGAAUGGCUCAAGUCCAUAGCCAAGUCCUUCGUCCAUCCCUGUGCCGAGGAGCUCCUGGCGCUGGACUUCGAGCGCGUCGGCCGCCUGCACUACAAGGGGGGGCUCAACCUGGAGCGCGCCAAGGAGGGCUGGUUCGCCCUGGUGGGAUCCACGCUCCACGGCCGCUUCCAGGACAGCGAGCGGCAGGAGCCCCUCCAGCUCCGCAAGCUGCAGGAGCUCUCCAUCCAGGGGGACAACGAGGUGCUGGUGCUGGUGGAGAGGCGAAGGACGCUGUACAUCCAAGGGGAGAGGAAGCUGGAUUUCCUGGGAUGGGUCCAGGCCAUCCAGAAGGCUGCGGGCAGCUCCGGGGACACGUUGUCAGAGCAGCAGCUUACUGAGUCCGAUGUCCCACUGCUGGUGGAUCGCUGCAUCGACUACAUCACCCAGUGCGGGUUGACAUCCGAAGGCAUCUACCGCAAGAGCGGGCAGAACUCCAAGACCACCAGCCUGCUGGAGAUGCUGCGCAGGGAUGCCCGCAGCGUGCGCCUCAAGGAGGGCGAGCACCACGUGGAUGACGUGGCCAACACCCUCAAGAGGUUCUUCAGGGACCUGGGGGACGGGCUCUUCACCAGGCGCUGGGGCCAGGACUGGAUGCGGGCCACUGCGCUGGAGGACGAGGAGGUGAAGAUCACCGAGUACCGGCGGCUCCUGGGCACGCUGCCCACGGUGAACCGGGCCACGCUGAAGGCGCUUAUCAACCACCUAUUCCGGGUGCAGCGGUUCUCCGGGGAGAACCAGAUGAACACGCACAACCUGGCCAUCGUCUUUGGGCCCACGCUCUUCCAGAUGGAUGGGAAGGACUACAAGGCAGGACGGGUGGUGGAGGACCUCAUCAGCCACUACGUGAAGAUCUUCAAUGUCAAUGACCAAGAGAUGAAGAAGCAGCAGGAUGAGAUCACGGCCAUCAUGAAGAUGCGGGAGGCAGCAUCCAGCGGGACCCAGCAAGCCGGGGACUUCAUCUGCACCGUGUACCUGGAGGAGAAGAAGACGGAGGCAGAGCAGCACGUGAAGAUCCCGGCCACCAUGACCGCCGAGGAGCUCACCUUCGAGAUCCUGCACAGGAGGAAGGUGGUCAUGAAGGAGAAGGACUAUUGGAGCUGCUACGAAGUGAAUGAGAGGGAGGAGGCAGAGCGGCCCCUGCACUACUCAGAGAAGGUCCUGCCCAUCCUGCACUGCCUGGGCACCGAGAGCUACCUGGUGGUGAAGAAGCAGAUGGCCAUGGAGAACAUGCUCAUCUACCUGGCCAGCAGAGGGGGCGACUGCAAGCACGGGAUGAUGAAGUUCCGGGAGGAGAGGAACCUGCUGGGGCUGGGGCUCAGCACCGGCUUCCACGACCGCUACUUCAUCCUGAGCCACCGCUGCCUGCACCUCUACAGGGACGUGAGGAGCCACAAGCCAGAGAAGGAAUGGCCCGUGAGGAACCUGCGGGUGUACCUGGGCAUCAAGAAGAAGCUUCGGCCUCCAACGUGCUGGGGCUUCACAGUCUUCCAUGAGAACGAGAAGCACGAGAAGCAGCAAUGGUACCUGUGCUGUGACACCCAGGCUGAUCUCCGUGAGUGGUUCGCCACCUUCCUCCACGUGCAGCACGGGGGGGCCCUGUGGCCCUCGGAGGGCUCCAAGGUGAGGACGUCGCGGUGGCAGCAGGACUCCAGGUUGGGUAACAUCUCCCUCAUCCCGCUGCGGGGCAAUGAGAGUGAGAUGAGGAACAGUGUGGCUGCUUUUGCUACUGACCCGCUCACCCUCCUGCACAACGUCUGAGCUCGAGGCCUGAGACAACGGUGA